CUCGACCGUUACGUUACGUAUACGUGCGCGCCUAGCCUCCAGCAGCAGAAGCAGAAGCAGAAGCAACCCUGACCAACCCCAGAACCCAGAACCCAGACCCCAGACCAGUUUUCGUGGACAGCAAUGACGUGCUGAGGUCGUCGCUCGCUCCCUCCCGGCUCGCUCUCGCGCUGCGCUCUCUUCAGCGUGUACUUGUGUAUUGGUGUGGCGUUGCCAAAAUAUAAACUUACUUAAAAGUCUUCUUAACGGAAAGCAGCAGCAGCAACAAAAGAAGGCAGCAGCAGAAACAAGAACGGCAGCGAACACACACGGCAGCAUUUCUCGUUCAAGCUAACAGUUUCGAAGUCCACACUCAGACGAAAUGACCACCAAGCAGAAGCAGUCGCGAUGGUACUUCGGCGGCCUGGCCAGCGCUGGCGCUGCCUGCUGCACCCAUCCCCUGGACCUCAUCAAGGUCACGCUGCAGACGCAGCAGGGCAAGCUGUCCGUGUUGCAGCUGGUCCCAAAGAUCAUCCGGGAGCAGGGCGUGCUCGCCUUUUACAGCGGACUCUCAGCCUCCAUGCUGCGGCAACUUACCUACUCCACGACGCGAUUCGGGGUCUACGAAGUGGGUAAGGAGUACAUCAAGACGGACACGUUCGCCGGCAAGAUUGCCCUGGCAGGUCUAUCGGGCCUGGCGGGCGGCAUUGUGGGCACACCCGCCGACAUGGUCAAUGUCCGGAUGCAGAACGAUGUGAAACUCCCACCUGAGCAGCGAAGAAACUACAAGAAUGCCGUCGAUGGCCUGAUCAAGGUGUACCGGCAGGAGGGAUUCGCACGCCUCUUUUCAGGCGCCACGACGGCGACGGGUCGCGGCAUCCUCAUGACCAUCGGGCAGAUCGCGUUCUACGACCAGACCAAGCUGUACCUGCUGGCGACGCCCUACUUCCAGGACAACCUGAUGACGCACUUCACCGCCUCCCUGGUGGCCGGCACCAUAGCCACGACCCUGACCCAGCCGCUGGACGUGCUGAAGACGCGCUCAAUGAACGCCAAGCCGGGCGAGUACAGCGGCCUGUGGGACAUCGUGCGGCACACGGCCAAGCUGGGACCGAUGGGCUUCUUCAAGGGCUACAUUCCGGCCUUCGUGCGUUUGGGCCCGCACACGGUGAUCACUUUCGUGUUCCUGGAGCAGCUGCGUCUCAACUUUGGCUACGUGAAGUCCAGCUAGCCGGGGCAGGGCCCCAAAUGGUUUCCUAUUAGGCAAUAAGCUGGCCAAGAGGUGUUCCCACUCCCCAUCGCAAUGCUAACAUUCCAGCUGCAUUACUUAACAACAUGAACGACACUUCACUACACUGCACUGCACUACAGUACAGAAAAUAAUUUAGUUUUAGCCAAAUGUUAACCGUUAAAGGAUGCUUUUAUUGUUGCAAAUCGAGUGUGUUUUAGCUUUGUAGGCCCAUCCACUGUCGCAACGGAGCUGCACUCGACGCGUCGUUGCGCAUACUUUAUCAUUGCCGUGCUAUUAGUAAUUAAAUAUACAUAUAAUUUGUUGUAAA